GCACCAGUGGGAUUCGCAUUCGGCGACAAUCUCCAUGCCUUUUACACUAUAAUGAAUCGCUAGUUUCAUAAAGUCGUCAUUAAAUUGGCACCGUUAAAUUGGCCUUUUUCGGAUACCAAUAAUCUACGUGAUUCCGGCCAGGAUCAACGCACGCGUGAUUCCGGCCAGGAUCAACGCACGCGAACGUUGCACGAGUGGCAGUCACAAUGCAAAAACGAAAACUUGUCGAUGGAGAAGUUACACCCCCACGAGGAAUGUUGGAUGUUAUGGUAAUGCUCCAGUCAAUUAUAUCCCCCUCUCAGAUUUUGCAAAGUACCGCAAUGUCGAUUCCCAGCAUGCACAAUAAAAGCCUGGAAGCACGGCACUGAUGAGUGUCAUUGGAGAUCGAUGACUCCUGUUUGCAUCAAAGAAGGCAAGACUGAAACCGAAUAUGAAAUAACAGACUGGAUAGGUCUGGGCAGGCAGCGUCAAAUGAGCAAUACUGAACUUGUUCCUGAUCAAAUAAAACAGACUAUUACUAGGAUCUUGGAGCCACUUGAAUCCUUGUACUUGGACAAAGAAACAAAAUCAUGGAAAUACAAGACAGAUACCGGUGUAUUAUCCAUAGAACAACAACAUAUUACACAAGGCUUUGUCUCCGAUAUGUCCAACUCCCGGGGCAGAUCAAUGAUAUCUACUCUCCUUACACAACUAUUCAGCUCAGACACCUCAGUCAAAGUGAUGAAUAUUGGUGGUUCCUCAACUGCCAACGAGCCAUCAGUUAGGAAAUUAGUCUUCGAAGUUACAUUUGAGGAAGGUGAGUCCGACUCUUCGCCACCGGAAUCUCCUGCUGCCAAGUUGCCUACGCCGACAAGAUGUUCACCUCGCGUUUCACAGACAGCUCCUUUAUUACAGGACGCUGUUUGUCGUCAAGUCUUCAAGUUCAUACCAGACAUUGUUCUCGAAAGCACAUCCAAAGAACACUUGCUUGUUGAAAUAAAAAAAGGGAAGGUAUUAUCUCAGUCAUCGGUAGCUCAAUUUAGAUAUAUGCUAAUGCCAGCAGCGAUCAAGCAAGGCUCAGCUGUGGGUGUCUUGAUAUGCUCGAAUCAGGCACUUCUAGAGAAAUGCAUCUUAGCUGACAGCAAAGUGAGGUUUGAGAGAAAUUACUUCGAGUUUAGCGAUCAUUCUCUUGUGGCGGACAUGGAAAGCCUCUGUUCAAUUAUCUAUAUCCAAGCCAUGAGAUAAAUUACUUUUUUGUGCGGACAUCAUCUUCACCAAAGAGGAAAGUGAGUCCGACUCUUCGCCACCGGAAUCUCCUCCUGCCAAGUUGCCUACGCCGACAAGAUGUUCACCUCGCGUUUCACAGACAGCUCCUUUAUUACAGGACGUUGUUUGUCGUCAAGUCUUCAAGUUCAUACCAGACAUUGUUCUCGAAAGCACAUCCAAAGAACACUUGCUUGUUGAAAUAAAAAAAGGGAAGGUAUUAUCUCAGCCAUCGGUAGCUCAAUUUAGAUAUAUGCUAAUGCCAGCAGCGAUCAAGCAAGGCUCAGCUGUGGGUGUCUUGAUAUGCUCGAAUCAGGCAGUUCUAGAGAAAUGCAUCUUAGCUGACAGCAAAGUGAGGUUUGAGAGAAAUUACUUCGAGUUUAGCGAUCAUUCUCUUGUGGCGGACAUGGAAAGCCUCUGUUCAAAUAUCUAUAUCCAAGCCAUGAGAUAAAUUACUUUUUUGUGCGGACAUCAUCUUCACCAAAGAGGAAAGUGAGUCCGACUCUUCGCCACCGGAAUCUCCUGCCAAGUUGCCUACGCCGACAAGAUGUUCACCUCGUGUUUCACAGACAGCUCCUUUAUUACAGGACGCUGUUUGUCGUCAAGUCUUCAAGUUCAUACCAGACAUUGUUCUCGAAAGCACAUCCAAAGAACACUUGCUUGUUGAAAUAAAAAAA